AUGUCCGGAGUAUCGUUCUCAGUAAACGAAUCUACUAACAAAUAUUUGUCAACUAUGGUUCCACCAAUCAACACUUCAUCCAGAUGCCGUCCAGUUAGCCUCAAUGUGUCUAACAUAAUGUCAACGAACGAGUAUACUACUUAUUGCUCCCCCUCCUUUAAGGAUUUUAAGGCCAAGAGGGGCUUCCUCUUCAGCGAAAUCAAAGGGGAUGGGUUUUAUCAGGUAUUUAAAGAUCCAAACACUUAUGUUUCCCAAGUUUCAACAGGGAACUAUGAUCCACAAUCUAGUCUUAAUUUCUCGUUUGAAGAUCUACCGGAAAGGCAUAAAUUAAUCAAGCCAAACAUUCACAAGUUUAGGCUUUACACUCUCAAUACCGAGCAACCUGGCGCUAAGGAGGAAAAACCUGAUUUCAAAUUAAUGCUUGAUUCUGACAUAAAAGCCGAAAUUGACGAUAAUUUGUACAGCAUAAUUUUAAAAAAAGAUUUGCACAUGGUGGAGUAUGAUGGAAGACUGUACUGGCGUUACGUUGAUGAUAAAUUAAAUGGUCACCCUAGAUGUAUAUUUUUCACGAAUAAAAAUAAUUUUAUGACACUGUUAUUCUCAAAUGGAGUUAGAAAGAAUAUUUUUAUUGACACAAACCCAUUAAAACUUUACAAGUUAGUUACGAAAUCUGGAAACACCCGUGAAACCUCAAAAACUCUUGGAAAAUCCUCUGGAAUCGAUCCUCUUAGGACUAGUUCUCUCUACACCAUUUCCGACAACUCAGUUGAAAUCACCUCUGCCAACUUCCCUGAUUGUGUUGACAGUGGAAAUGCGGACACUGAUCAGAACAUGUCAUUAAUGGGUUCAGAUGAUUAUAUUGUAUCUAAGACUUGUAGUAAUUGCAGAUUGUAUAGAAUGAAGCCUGGAGUGCCUUGUUGUAUGUGUAAAUAUCACAAUAACGCCCUUUAUACUCACAAAGAAGGUGAUCCCUUACCCGAUUAUGUGCUAUGUGACUAUCUGAAGGAUGAAGUUCAAAUCAAGUGUAAGGAUCAAAUUCACUUAUUUAGUGAAAGAAACGACAUGACUUUGGUGACAAAAUCACUUACUAUUCCCAACAUCACGUUAUACUCCUCUGACACCAAACAAGUAUUAUCUGACCAGGAUUAUUACUUACAAGUCAUUUUCAUGAAUUCUUUCAAUUAUUUAAUAAACCAAGGAGUAAAUUGUGGGUUGGUUGAAAUUGAGGGGAAAAAGAUUUGGAGUCACAAGCAGGGCGCUCCUUUCCCUUACUGUUUAACCUAUCACACUGAAUUUAAUGAGUUUCGCAUUUGUUUCCACGAUGGGUAUGCUCUGUUUACUCAGACUGACGGUAAGUGGGUUCUCACAUCAGCCUCAGACAACAUUCGUCCUCAUCUUUAA